ACUGCGUUCAUCGACUUCUCCGUACCAAACGCGCGUGUGUUUGUCGACUCCACCGUAUUAAACCGGUCCAAUCGCCGACGUCCCCGCACGCGGAGGGAAGGCAUGCCUCACGACGAGAGCUCUGGCCUGUUGGGAGGGAAAGUUGAUAGGGACAGACAAGGAGCGGUACGCAGGAGGGGCGUCGCCGGACCCGUGAUAGCAUUGCUCCUUGCCAUCGGGGUCUUUGUGGCAGCUACAGCCCCAGGCCGGUUAGUUUCUGUGAAGAAGGAGGAAAACCGUCAGGAGCUCCUUGCGGUUUCGGAUUCACAGACAACGACGUGGGAGUGCGGCACGUCGACGGAGCCCGUGCUCAACGGCGCUGAUGUCGUGAGCUACUUCUCCCUCAAGGAAGGGGAAGCGGCCAUGUAUGGCUUCGAGGAGUACCCAGUGAAGUACAAUGGCUACACAUUUUUGUUCGCGUCGGCACAGAACAAAGCUCUGUUUGAGGCAUCCCCGUUGGACUACAUUCCGGCGUGGGGCGGGUUUUGCGCUUACGGCAUUGCUGCUGAAGAUUGGUGGACUGUGUCGACCUUGGGGCCGCCAUCCGACCCCAACUCGUGGCUCAUCACAGACGACAACGUCCUGCGCAUCUUCCGAAGCGAAGUGCCGAAGGCCUACUUCAUGGAAGAUAUCCCAGGCAACAUCGCGACCGGCAACCGCAUUUGGACUGGGUGGUGGGGGGAGGGAACACUUCCUGGCGCAGACGACACUGGAAGCGCCAUGAACACCGCCUGCCUGUGCAAUAUCGAAAUCUGCUUAGAUCAAUGAUCUCCGCCAGCUGCGGGCGGUGCAUUGAUGGAUGGAGAUCCCGGUUGUCGGGGAAGUUUUGCCUUGUACUGUACGGGCGGCGUGUUGUCUUCUCUUCGCCCCCAUCUAUCGUCGGUUUUUGGGUGGCGGGGGGAGAUGCCGGAAAUUUCGUGGCCUCACCCAGCGGUUUGGGUACUACAUAUAUGGAUUCAUGCGUGUUCGUACGUGUGGCCCUUCGCCGCUUUCACAAUUUUGAAAUAUCGGAGCAGAUGUUAGGUUGGACGAAGAGAGUCUACGUGCCAUGCGAGACUGACUUGGGAACCGUGUCGGAGUCUUGCGAUCGAGAUUUAGCUCUAGUUGGUGUAUACUAAAUACAAGCAAUUUAUAAGAGAUUGACUCUGCGCGUUCGUCUUUUCUUUUCCGUGAUUGCCGUUACUGGAGCGAUUUGGUGGCGUCAUGCAAGAAAAACAGGGCGGCGCCCAUGGCUCGCAUGUAAAUCACUGAAACAUGCAUCGAUAGAUUGUUUUUAUAUAUUGGCCGAAAGUUGUGUUCUUGGGUCUUCCACUCCUCUCAUAUCGUCGGUGAACAGCGCGGAUUGUGAUCCAGCAUCACAUGAGCACAGGCUGAGGCCUACAGUAUCAGUUGCCUAUUGAUAUUUCCCAGUCGAUGCAAGAACAGCAAUAGCAUUCGGAUGGCUGGCCGAAGAUGGUUCUUACCUCCCGAACGUACCCAGCCCGUUCAAAGCUUGUUGUGACUGCCCGACGGUGUUCAUAGAGAGUAUGCACGUACCGUCUAUUGCGGCAGGGGUUGGCGCUGAGGUCACCUGUUCGGUUCGGUGAGCUCUUGUGGCAAACGUCGGCGUUUCAAUAGGCAAACGCACCGUCGGAAGGUGGUGUGAUCACCCACUGUUGUUAUUGUUUGUUUCUUAGAAUGGUUGCGGAAUAUUUUUGUCUUUGGCCAGGCAGGGUUUGCUUGACCGGCAUCGGGUUGGUAAGACGGGGAAACGAAUCUCGAAACAUGUUUGACCUCUUUUGGUUUGUUGAUUCACGUCGGGGAGUUUACUCUUGACGUCAUUCCCCU